AAUUUAUGGUGGGGGUGUUGACGUCAGAGAGCUGCUGCCGUAAACCGGUGUAGUAGCUCGCUGCAGAUGUUUUAGCCGCAGAUUAGUCCUUAUAACACAGAGACCGAUGGACAAGACGACAUGAUACACAAUGACACUGAGAAUGAUGACAUUUGGGUUGCCAGCGAUGACAACGAAGAGGAGGCGCCGAUGAAGUGCAGCUUCUCUGUAGAAGACCUCCUGGACGAGGUGGAGAAGAUCUGUAAUGAUACCUCGGGAACGUCCAAGGUGGAGAUGGUGGUGCGCCUCUGGAAGGACGGCUUCACCAUUAACGACCAGGAGUUCCGUAGCUAUUCGGUCCCUGCAAACCAGGACUUCUUGGAUGCCAUCAAAAGGGGGGAACUUCCGUCGGAGUGGGAGAGCCGAGCAGAGGAGGAGGAACUGGAGGUCAACGUGGAGGAUUUGACCGAGGAAGAGUACGUUCCCAGGAAGAAGGUUUUUCAUCCUUUCAGCGGGCGAGGAUACCGGCUCGGCAGCGUGGCGCCCCGAGUGGUGGCCCGCUCGCCAUCGGUGCAUGAGGACGGCGAAUCUCCCCCCAUCCCCAUGGUAACCCUGGACCACGCCCUGCCCGUCACCUCUCUGCAGCUGUGGUUGGCCGACGGCCGCAGGCUGGUGCAGCGCUUCAACCUAUCGCAUCGGAUCGGAGACGUCCACGACUUUGUAUCACGCUGCCAGAGGAGCUGCCCGCCCUUCGUCCUGACCACGUCGCUUCCCGUGCGGGAACUCCUCGACAAAGAGCUGAGCCUCGAAGCAGCGGACUUGGCCAACGCUGUCAUUGUUCAGCGGCCCCUCAACACGCAUGCCCCCUUUGCGCCAUAAUCCACCUGUCCCUUUUCAUCUUACAUCCAAAAAUGGCAUAAAGCACCACCAAAACAAAAACAAAAAAAAGUCUUCCUAAACUGUGAUCGACAAUUUUAUGCACUCUUUCAAAGCCGACACUGCUUGCAUGUCGAGGUUUGUUUGCCUUGGUUUUUUUUUUGUUUGUUUUUUUACAUCGACUCAUUUUUGAAUGUAUCAUGUUAUGUGCCUGCAUCAUUUCCAAUUCAAUUACAUGUAUUAAAAAAAACUAAGGUU